AUGAGUAGUAAGGUCCAUCGAGCGGAGGAACUCGACGGUGGAUUUGAUUUGGGACAGCUCGACGGAGAGAAUCGGCGGGUGGGCAGCGAGACAGUAACAAUAAUCGAGGCCCAGAGUAUCCAAGUAGACAAGCUUCUCAUCGAGAAAUUGGGGACCGGGACGAGGAGGGGAAUCGAAAAUGGCUUCUCCGGAGGUGGUGGAAGGUUGUUUCGGAACGGGAGAGAGGAUAAGGGACGGCGGAGAGGGAGGCGGUUGAGUGGGGUAGCGGGAGUGUUUAGGGCGGGAGAGGGAGGCGUAUUUGGUGGCGUGAAAUGGGGAGGCGGAGGUGGUGGUGGAGGAGGAGGCGAGAUGGAGAGUUUCUUGCAUUUUGGUACCACCGCCAAUUACAUGGUCGGAAUGUGGCGGGUGACUGACUGCAAAAGUUAA